UCAACGCUUUGCGCGACUCCAAUUUUUUUUCUCUCAUUUCAAAAAAUCGUUAGCUAAUGCUAUUGUGUGUUAUGCCGAUGAACAAAUAAUCUCUGGGAGUUAUUCCAGUGUUUCGCGCGAAUUGCGAGAGGUGCCGGGUUCACUUCCGAAGAAAAUAAUUGAUUCAUCAUGUUGGCAAAAACUCCAAAUAAAUUAAGAUGAGAUUUUCGUGUUUCCCGAGGGCUAGUAUCCUCGGUCAGAGGGGGAGUAUCAACCUCACCCCUCUGCCUGGGAACGAGGAGAAUGGCAGUAUCACCGGUAUCAGCAUUAUCAGUAAUGGAAAUAGCAGAGAGCCAAUACCCAUGAGCUACAAACGUCAUGGAGACGAUAUCAAUGGCACGCUGAGCCAUUGCUCGAGCACCAACACGCUCAAUGGAUCGGCCACACUCCCAAAAGGCUACACAGUCUUCAGAAAUGAUAACGGAAAUCGUAUCGAGAGAUCGGAGACCGUUGAAUCGAACUUAUCGUUUGAGGUCACUAAAAUCCCCAGGGGUGGGGUAAUUGGAAGGACGCCAACACCACCCUCUGCACCUACUCCUGUUUACGAUAAAGAUAUACGAUCAAGGGAGCUGAUUAAACGUGCAAUACUGGAGAAUGAGUUCUUGGGAAAUCUUGAGGAACCGCAGGUGGAGGCUCUGGUGUCUGCCAUGUACCCCAAGAACAUUCCACCGAGUUAUUUAGUCAUUCACGAAGGCGAUAUUGGAUCACAUCUGUACGUAUCUGCUGAAGGUGAGUUCGAUAUAUACGAAGGAAAUAAAUUCGCCAAGAGUUUCGGUCCCGGUGUUGCAUUCGGAGAGCUCGCGUUACUCUACAACACGAAGAGAUUACGUUCGAUAUCGUCGAAGAAGGGGGGAAAGGUAUGGGUCCUAGACAGAUCUGUGUUCCUGACUGUGAUGAUGCGAAGUGCCCAGGAUCGACUCGAGGGCAACAUGCGAUUCCUUCGGAAAGUUUCAGUCCUCCAGAAACUUCCUGAGCCCAAGGAACACGUAUUCGCGAAGAUGUCGGAUUUAAUCAAAGUUGAAUUCUUCCCAGCUGGCGCUAAAAUUCUUCGUCAAGGUGAAAAAGGUGACAAAUUCUUCAUAAUCAGCGGAGGAAAUGUUCGGAUAACGAAGGACACCGAGUACGGUGGUGAAGAAGAACUGGUGGUCCUCGGAAAGGGUCAGUACUUUGGAGAGAAAGCACUCUAUGACAAGGCUGAUAAUCGAAGACAAGCCAACGCGAUAGCGUUAGCACCUGGUGUUGAAUGUCUCACCCUAGACGGCACAACAUUUUUAAAUUAUCUCGGUGGACUUGACGAGAUAAGAAAUAAGGAUUGGGCAGCAGAGCUUGAAAAACAAAAACGCUCUUUGACACCAAAAGUCUGGACCAAUGAAUACUCCGAGGUAACACUUUACGAUUUAGAGAGUCGUGGAACAUUGGGAGUUGGAGGAUUUGGUCGAGUUGAGCUCGUAACCUUGAGAUCUGAUACUGAGAAGAGUUUUGCACUCAAGAAACUGAAGAAGAAAACGAUGGUUGAUCAGCAACAGCAGGAGCACGUCCUCAAUGAGAAGUGCAUCAUGCAGGCUUGUGAUUCUGCAUUCAUCUGCAAACUCUACCAAACUUUCAAAGACGCCAAGUACGUCUACUUCCUCAUGGAAGUUUGUCUAGGUGGUGACGUGUGGACGACUCUCCAGAAACGUCGGUACUUCGACGACGCAACUGCCCAAUUUAUGGUGGGUUGCGUCGUUGAGGCACUGGAUCAUUUACACUCACUGAAUAUUGUUUAUCGUGAUCUCAAACCUGAAAAUCUUAUGCUAGACAGUCGUGGAUACCUGAAACUCGUGGACUUUGGGUUCAGCAAGAAAAUUGGGCCUGAUAAAACGUGGACAUUUGCGGGAACACCUGAGUAUGUUGCACCGGAAAUUAUUCUCAAUAAAGGACACGACAGAGCUGUGGAUUAUUGGGCCCUAGGGAUCCUCACACAUGAAUUGUUAGUGGGAAAGCCACCAUUCCGUGGCUCCGAUCACAUGACUACGUACAACAGAAUUCUGAAGGGAGUGGAGAUGGUUGGGAUUCCCCCGAUUGUCAAUAAAAACGCAAACAAUCUGAUUAAAAAAUUGUUACGACUGAGCCCCUCGGAGAGACUUGGCUAUCAGCGCAAUGGAAUUCAGGACAUUCGGGAUCAUAAGUGGUUCAGUAAUUUCAACUGGAAGGCAUUGCAGAAGCUCGCGUUACCCGCCCCCAUCGUACCCACAAUUCGAAGUACAACGGACGUCAGGAACUUCGAGAGAUACCCCCCGGACAGGGAAAUCCCUCCGGAUGAAUUUUCCGGUUGGGACAUGACCUUUUGAGUCUCAAUCAAUUUUUUUUCUAAUAAUUACUAAUCAUACCUAGAUCGAUAUUAACCGAUUUCCUAAAAUCUUCAUAAGUAUCACGAGAUCCUGAAGAGUUGGAACAUCAAACGAAGGCUCAUUUCAGCUCCACAAAAAUUAAUUAAUAUCAUACUAUUAAUUUUUCUGUCAAAAAUCUGACAGUUUGAAUGACAAACGAUGAUAACUUUUACUCCCCAAAAUUUCGUGGUCUUCAUGUAAAUAAAUAUAAAUACACCUUUUCGAUCCAUUUGUCGCAUCUCAACAGGUUCUCGAGAUAAUAAAAAAUAUUCUGUAUAAAAACUUCAAUUUCUAAUUUGUUAAAUUCUCCCUAUCGUUGAAUAAAUUAUUUUGUAAAUAAA